AAGGUAGCCGCUAGCCUUGGAGGAGAUGAGUUUCUUCCAUCGACGUUGCUCCUCCGGCAGCUUAGUUCUCUGAUCGGUGUUGCAUAGAAGGUGAGAUCUCUCGGGUGAGCCUCCUUCCGGCGAGCCUACUCCCUGAGAUGACUCCUUUUCCUCUGUCUUUUUCGAGCCACUCUCGUCCUUUCCCGAAGCUUUCGGUUUCUUUCCUCGAUCUGAGGCCUCCUACGGCACCUCCAACGGAGCGUCCAUCUCCGUCGACUCCGCCAGAACCGCCAGACCCACCAGAUCUCCGAUUCCGCGUCUUGUACGGUGUCUCUUAUGCUCAGCCACCACUGGCCGCCGUCUCCUCCUUGUUCUUUGCUCCUAUUCCGUCUCCAUCGUUAGAUCUUUCUUCUCUGUGUGUUUUUCCGGUGGCCGCUUUUUUGGCGCUACUCCAAGCAGCCAUUAAAGUCUCUGCCAGUGACUGUCUUGACGGGGACUUGGACUUGCAGUCGUUUACUGCUCUGUGCAGCGGAGUCCAAACUCCAUCGAUUGUCCCCACCGCUAUUCUCCCCUUUGUCCCCCCUGGAAGUCUUGUUGUCGUCAUCAGAUUCCUCGCUUUCGCCGUGAACUCCUGGGAUUGGUUUGGUUUGGUUCAGCCUUGCGUGUCCUUAUGUGACAGGUAUGUUGCCUUCCCGUGUGCUCCGAUUGCUGUAGGCAUCUCGUGGGCUGGAUUCGUCAUGAACUGCGUGUGCACAUGGAUUCAGACCGGCUCUCUCCCCAACGGGCAGCCCCGACCCUCAUGGGCUCUCCUUUCCAUCUACAUGACGUCGGAAGGUUUGGUAUCUGUGACCCUUUGCUAUGGGUUACAUAGGCCUAGUAACAGCCUUCUGUUAGUUCCCAAUUACCUCAGUUCGAGAGAGAGCGUUGGCGUCCUUUCUGUUGUGGAUGGUUUGUGUGCAGGACUAGGCUUCACGGAAGAGAACAUCUGUGUCAUAAAGUCCCAACUAAUCCAGCCACCACCUCAGAAGAUGGAAGUGUUCUUGAGCUUCUCGGAGGCAGCAUGGUUUCAAUCCAAGAUCUUCUGCGGGUUGGGCUGGUGUUUCAAGGACCCACUUAACGGAAAGAUCCACCAUGGAUCUUUUUCAAGACCCUUUGUGCUCUCUGUUCUCGUAGCGGAGGCACUUGCUCUCAAGGCGGCUUUCAUGGCGGCUUUAGCAUUGGGUGUAUCAAGGCUGGCUUGUAUUUCGGAUUGUCGGGAGCUUGUUCUUCUGUCCAAUACCGGUGGCCAUGCAAACGAACUAGAUGGCAUAUUAGCGGAUUUCGAUCUCUUUCGUUCUAUGUUUUUGUCUAUGUUUGUUCAUUUUGUUCCAAGCUCUCCUUUCACCUUCAUCACCAGAAACUCAUCAUCACUUCCCAAACUCGUUAACUUCACUCACAGGGUCAAUCUCAGCCACCAAUCUCACCGACUCAGAAACUCCUCUUCUCGUCUCACUUGCACUGCUACUUCUUCUUCCACCAUAGAGGAGCAACGGAAGGAGAAAGAUGGGUCUGGUACGAAAGUGAAGUUGAAUGUGAGGUUAGAUCAUCAAGUUACGUUUGGUGAACAUGUGGCUAUGUUUGGAUCAGCUAAAGAGAUUGGUUCAUGGAAAAAGAAAUCGCCUUUGAAUUGGACUGAGAAUGGAUGGGUUUGUGAGUUGGAACUUGACGGUGGUCAGGUUUUGGAGUAUAAGUUUGUCAUUGUUAAGGAUGAUGGUUCACUUUCAUGGGAAUCUGGUGAUAAUCGUGUCCUUAAGGUUCCUAAUUCUGGGAAUUUCUCUGUUGUUUGUCAUUGGGAUGCUACAAGAGAAACCCUUGAUUUGCCUCAGGAGGUUGGUAAUGAUGAUGGUGGUGGGGACGAGAGGGAUAAUCAUGAUGUUGGUGAUGAGAGAGUAGUGGGGAGUGAAAAUGGUGCGCAGCUUCAGAAGAGUACAUUGGGUGGGCAAUGGCAAGGUAAAGAUGCGUCCUUUAUGCGUUCUAAUGAUCAUGGUAAUAGAGAAGUUGGUAGAAAUUGGGAUACUAGUGGUCUUGAAGGCCCAGCUCUUAAGAUGGUUGAAGGUGAUCGCAACUCUAAGAACUGGUGGAGAAAGCUUGAAAUGGUACGCGAGGUUAUAGUUGGGAGUGUUGAGAGGGAGGAACGAUUGAAGGCGCUCAUAUACUCUGCAAUUUAUCUGAAGUGGAUAAACACAGGUCAGAUUCCUUGCUUUGAAGAUGGAGGGCAUCACCGUCCAAACCGGCAUGCUGAGAUUUCCAGACUUAUAUUCCGUGAGUUGGAGCACAUUUGCAGUAAGAAAGAUGCUACAGCAGAGGAAGUGCUUGUUGCUCGGAAAAUCCAUCCAUGUUUACCUUCUUUCAAAGCAGAGUUUACUGCAGCUGUCCCUCUAACUCGAAUUAGGGACAUAGCCCAUCGCAAUGAUAUUCCUCAUGAUCUCAAGCAAGAAAUCAAGCAUACCAUACAAAAUAAGCUUCACCGGAAUGCGGGUCCAGAAGAUCUAAUUGCAACAGAAGCAAUGCUUCAAAGAAUUACUGAGACCCCAGGAAAAUACAGUGGAGACUUCGUGGAGCAAUUUAAAAUAUUCCAUAAUGAGCUUAAAGAUUUCUUUAAUGCUGGAAGCCUCACUGAACAACUUGAUUCUAUGAAAAUUUCCAUGGACGACAGAGGUCUUUCUGCGCUCAAUUUGUUUUUUGAAUGUAAAAAGCGCCUUGACGCAUCAGGAGAAUCAAGCAAUGGUUUGGAGUUGAUUAAAACCAUGCAUUCUCUGGCUUCUCUAAGAGAAACAAUUAUAAAAGAACUUAAUAGCGGCUUGCGAAAUGAUGCUCCUGAUACUGCCAUUGCAAUGCGCCAGAAGUGGCGCCUUUGUGAGAUCGGCCUCGAGGACUACUUUUUUGUUCUACUAAGCAGAUUCCUCAAUGCUCUUGAAACUAUGGGAGGAGCUGAUCAACUGGCAAAAGAUGUGGGAUCAAGAAAUGUUUCCUCAUGGAAUGAUCCACUAGAUGCUCUGGUGUUGGGUGUUCACCAAGUAGGUCUAUCUGGUUGGAAGCAAGAAGAAUGUUUAGCCAUUGGAAAUGAACUCCUUGCUUGGCGAGAGAGAGACCUACUUGAAAAAGAAGGGGAAGAGGAUGGGAAAACAAUUUGGGCCAUGAGGCUGAAAGCAACUCUUGAUCGAGCACGCAGAUUAACAGCAGAAUAUUCUGAUUUACUUCUUCAAAUAUUUCCUCCUAAUGUGGAGAUUUUAGGAAAAGCUCUAGGAAUUCCAGAGAAUAGUGUCAAGACCUAUACAGAAGCAGAGAUUCGUGCGGGCAUAAUUUUCCAGAUCUCAAAGCUCUGCACUGUUCUUCUAAAAGCCGUAAGAAAUUCACUUGGUUCUGAGGGCUGGGACGUCGUGGUACCUGGAUCGACUUCUGGGACAUUAGUUCAGGUUGAGAGCAUUGUGCCGGGAUCUUUACCAUCAACUGGUGGUGGUCCUAUUAUUCUCUUGGUCAACAAAGCUGACGGCGAUGAAGAGGUUAGUGCUGCUAAUGGGAACAUAGCUGGAGUCAUGCUUCUGCAGGAACUGCCUCACUUGUCUCACCUUGGCGUUAGAGCGCGGCAGGAGAAAAUUGUCUUUGUGACAUGUGAUGACGAUGACAAGGUCGCUGAUAUACGACGACUUGUGGGAAAAUUCGUGAGGUUGGAAGCAUCUCCAAGCCAUGUGAAUCUGAUACUUUCAACUGAGGGUAAGAGUCGUACUCCCAAAUCCAGUGCGAACAAAAAAACGGAUAAGAACAGCUUAUCUAAGAAAAAAACGGAUAAGAAGAGCUUAUCUAUCGAUGAUGAAGAAUCAAAGACUAGUUCUUCAUCUUCCAGUAGCCUCCUUUACUCUUCCAAGGAUAUCCCUAGUGGAGGAAUUAUAGCACUUGCUGAUGCAGAUGUACCAACUUCUGGUUCAAAAUCUGCUGCAUGUGGUCUUCUUGCAUCUUUAGCAGAAGCCUCUAGUAAAGUGCACAGCGAACACGGAGUUCCAGCAUCAUUUAAGGUUCCAACUGGAGUUGUCAUACCUUUUGGAUCGAUGGAAUUAGCUUUAAAGCAAAGUAAUUCGGAAGAAAAGUUUGCGUCUUUGCUAGAAAAGCUAGAAACCGCCAGACCUGAAGGCGGUGAGCUAGACGACAUAUGUGACCAGAUCCAUGAAGUGAUGAAAACGUUGCAAGUGCCUAAAGAAACAAUCAACAGCAUAAGCAAAGCGUUUCCCAAAGAUGCUCGUCUCAUUGUGCGUUCAAGUGCUAACGUGGAGGACUUAGCCGGAAUGUCAGCUGCAGGACUCUAUGAAUCAAUCCCCAAUGUGAGUCCCUCAGAUCCUUUGGUGUUUUCGAAUUCGGUUUGCCAAGUUUGGGCUUCUCUCUACACAAGAAGAGCUGUUCUAAGCCGUAGAGCUGCUGGUGUCUCUCAAAGAGAAGCUUCAAUGGCGGUUCUCGUUCAAGAAAUGCUUUCGCCGGACUUAUCAUUUGUUUUGCACACAGUGAGUCCAGCUGAUCCAGACAGUAACCUCGUGGAAGCCGAGAUCGCUCCUGGUUUAGGUGAGACUUUAGCUUCAGGGACAAGAGGAACACCAUGGAGACUCGCUUCGGGUAAGCUCGACGGGAUUGUACAAACCUUAGCUUUUGCAAACUUCAGCGAAGAGCUUCUUGUGUCAGGAACAGGUCCUGCUGAUGGUAAAUAUGUUCGGUUGACCGUCGACUAUAGCAAGAAACGGUUAACCGUUGACUCGUUGUUUAGACAGCAGCUCGGUCAGAGACUCGGUUCGGUUGGUUUCUUCUUGGAAAGAAACUUUGGCUGUGCUCAAGACGUUGAAGGUUGUUUGGUUGGUGAAGAUGUUUACAUUGUUCAGUCAAGGCCACAACCUCUGUAGAAUCUUUUAUUUUCUAUAAAGCGAAUAAUACAAAAAAUGUCAGAAAUAAAAUCUGCAUUUGCUU